AUGCUCGGGUGCUCGUACACCGCCGACCUCGCCUGGGUCGCGGCCACGGCGACCGCGUACGCGACAGGCUCGGCCGCUGGGCUUGGCCUCAUGGCGUCGCUAGGCGUCGCCUUUAUGAUCACGUGGUACAGCCUCCGGACGCUCGACCGGUACGCCUUCACGGCUCUUUUGCACGCCGAGGUCGGCGUCUGGGCGUCGUCGCCGGCGCUCGCCGUGGCCCUUCGCCUUGUCGACGGCGCCUUCCACAUAGCGCUUCCGUGCUAUCUGCUCGUCAAGUACUUGGACGCGAUUCAGCUCUGGAUGAGCCCCGUGUCGCUGGGCUUGGUCUACGUCGUGCAUCACCCGAGUGUGCCGAUGCCUGCCAUCGUGUCGCGCCUGUACCUUCCGUACGAGUUUACGCCGCCACGGCCGCCGCAGUUUUGGGCCGCGCUCUACAAGAUGGAGCUGCUCUUGUGUACGAGCAUCCCGCUCUUGGCCUGCCUCGUCUGCGCCCGCUCGUUCUUUAUGUACUCGCUGACGCUGCUCAUUGGCGCCAUGGUCAUGACAAUGCAAGUGCUGCGGUCGCUUCUCCUGCCCAAGAUCCGCGGUGCGGCCGCCACCAUCAUGCACCGCCUGCUCCAGCACGGCGAGAUCCAAGUCGCCAACCCCGAUGAUGCAACGACGACCGUUCCGGAUACGCCGUGGGACAUUGUCGUGCAAGACCAUGCGUUCUGGCUCGACUGGAUGAGCGACGGGCUCGUCGCGAUUGGUGACUCGUUUGUCUCGGGGCAGUGGGAAGUCAACCCGAACGGGCAGCAGACGCUCGACUCGAUCGUGCUUCGGCUCUUGACACUGCCCGUGGAGGCGCGGCGAGAGAUGUACCAGUCGUGGUACGCACGCGUCGUGUCGCUGGCGGCGCGCAUCUUUAGCUACCCGCCGUCGUCGGCCGGUCUCAUUGGCGCGCCGGUGGCCGAGCAGUACGACGUGAGCGCGACGUUUCGCCAGCCCUACAUGGCGUCCAGCCCGUAUUUCUUCCAUGGGUUUGGCCUCUGGGCAUCGCCGCACGACAGCAUCGUCGAGGCCCAAGAACGCACGUUGCACAUGAUGGCCGAGAAGCUCCAGCUGCAGCCCGGCGACCAUGUGCUCGACCUGCACCUCGCGUCGUGCGGCGGCGUUGGCGUUUUCUUUGCCAAGUAUUACAACGUGCACGUGCUCUCGAUCCUCGGGUCGCGCGCGGACGAAGGGAUCGCGGCCAAGAUUGCACGCCGCGCCGGGCUCACGGACCAAGUACAGCGCCUCGUGGUCGAGCCCGGCCUCGACGUGGCCCACGCGCUAAGCACGCUUUUGCCCAAGCGGUUUCAAGCGAUUGCGGCGGCCCAUGUCGUUGAAGUGCUGCCAGCGAUGGAGAUGCCGCGGCUGCUCUCGCUGCUCCGGGACAAGUUGUCGCAGAACGGCCGGCUCUUGCUCGACUUUGUUGCGUCACCGACGCGCGCCAACACCCAUGCGUGGUCCAACAAGCACAUUGUGCCGCGGCAGCCGUUUGUGGCCGUGUCCUACUCAACGGUCAAGGCGGCGCUCAUGUCGGUGGGCUGGACGAUCCUCGAGGCGCAUUCGUACGCCGACCACUAUGACAAGACGUAUGUGGCCUGGAACGACGCGUUCCAAGCGACGUGGACGGAGAGCUAUGUGCGCGAGCUCCCAGAGAGUUUUCGCCGGACAUGGGAAUUCUACCUCCUUCACACGGCCGCGUGCUACCGCGCUCGGAACCUCCAGGGCUACCAGGUGACGCUGCAACCGUCCUCGCUGUGAGACGACGAGCCAUUGUACAUUCCACUACCACUUCCUUUGCUUUCUUGCGAGCUUGAACGGGGC